AUGGAAGGCACAAAUUCAGAAAAUGAAGAACUGAUGAUACAGAAAGUUGUAACGAACGAGCCUGAAGAACAAUUCUGUAUACCAAAUGGCUUCAGUAUCGUGGACAUGCAGCACAUCUUUGCUGAAUUUCAGAAAAUAGGUGACCAUGCUAAAAACAGGGAAGACUGUGGAAUUAGACACCUGAAAAUAACCGGCAUGAAACGGUCGGGCCUGAGGACCAUCCUCAGUUGUGCAGUUGCUGGAACAAUUGUGAAUGGAGGCAGUUAUGCCCAAAUGGAGGAGUUCCUUGCAGCGAUGAACAUACCCUCCAUGUCGAAGAAAGAAUUUAGAAAGCAUCACGAUAAAAUCGUGAAAGCACUAAUUGUUGCUGCAGAAGAAGAGAUGGUAACAGCGGCAGAGGAAGAAAAACGCUUGGCCAUUGAAAGAGGCGAUAUUGUUUCCGGAUGUGGAAUCCCUCACAUCCCCGUUGUGGCCGAUGGAAGCUGGAUGAAACGAUCAUACCGGACUGGAACAAAAAUGAAAGAAGUUGUAAAGAUGACAACACCUGGUCCAUUCAGAAGAAUCGUUGAAAGCAGCAUUCGGCGAAUGCGUGCGGAUAUAGUAAAAGCCGCAGAGUACAGAUACAGUCAGCAAGUAACAACCGCUGAAAAAAUUAAGAAUUUGUAUGCCGACAUACACAAUGUUCCUAGCCAUGUUUUUGGUGAACAUGCAGAUUGUUCAAAACUACAAUACUUCUGCGAUGGAACGAGUAAAAAAGAUGAAAAGGACAUUGUUCCCGAAUUGAUGAAGAUGGGAGUGUAUGAACAAAUCAAAGAAAUACUUCGACCUCUGUUGGCGCAUGCUGAGAGUUUGCUGUAUAACAGCAACAAUAAUGCCGUCGAAAGUUUCAAUGGAAUCGUCGCAAAAUAUACAGGAGGAAAAAGAUUGAAUUUCGGCGAGAGGGGAUCUUACACGGGAAGAUGUGCUGCUGCUGUCCUACAGUAUAACACAAAACAAGUGUUGUCGCGUCUGAAUACGGCGAUGAACAAGGAACCGCCCGUUAUUUUACGCAAAAUAGAAAAUAGAAGGAAGAAAGAAAAUGAGAAAUACAGUGAAAAGAGAAAGGAAAAAAAAAUUACAAAGCACGUGCGGAAACAAUUCCGUUCUGAAAAGGAUUCCAAUUACGGACCAAAUGCUGAAAAGCCGGAUAUGGCUAACAAUAUUUAUGAAUUAGAGAAAAAAAAACAUAUGGAAAUGUUACAGAAUUGGCAAAAUAGAAGAGAUGCCAUUGAAGAAGAAACCAUCGGUCAAGCGAAAAAUCCGAGAUGGUUGAAUUACAAAUCUAAAUUAUUGACGGCCUCAAAUUUCGGACGAAUAUGCCGUCGUCGAAUUGGCACGCUCUGUGGAAAUUCAGUGAAGUCGUUAGUGUAUCCACGACUGAUUAGUGCACCUGCAGUACAAUAUGGACAGGAAUGCGAAAAAUUCGCACGUGAACAACUAAGUGUGUGCAUUGGUGUUGAAAUUAAAGAAUGUGGAUUAUUUAUUGAUAGUGCCAUCCCGUUCUUAGGAGCUUCGCCAGAUGGACUUAUAGACGAAGAGGGCAUUGUGGAAAUCAAAUGUCCGAAAACGGCGGAGAAUUUAUUGCCGGAGGAGGCAAUCAAAACUGUUGCAGCUAUUCGGCGUAUAUUUGCAGACGCAGAAGGAAAUGAAUUGAACAGGAACCACUACUAUUACUACCAAGUACAAGGACAACUACAUGUCACAGAUUUUCGAAGAAAGGAUUCCCGAGAAGAGGUUUUUUGGAGCGAAGCGAGCGUAGGACUCUAA